AUGGCCACCCCCACCCCCACAGACAACCCAAGCACAAUGUCAACCGAAACCACCACCACAAUCCACACCUACCACUGCCACUGCACACAGCUCCUCCUCGCAACCGGGACAGCGCUGUCCACGCUCCCACAGCGCGGAGCCGCCACGCCCUCGAUCCCAGACAGCACAGGCACGCUGGACGCUGCGUACAUAUUGCCGCUUAGUAGCGCUAUCGAGGACACCAACAACAACGACCCCUCUUCCACCACCACCAAUGACCCUCGCACCCACCCCACCGAAGACGACGAAGACGAAACAGCAACGACCCACCGCCCACACGCGCACCUCCUGCACCUCGCGCGCACGAACUCCGCGCCCAUAAUCGUGCAGCGCGCCGACGGGCUCGAAAAGCGCUAUCCCGCGCGCUGUGAGCGGUGCGGGCUUGUGGUUGGGUAUUGGUUGGAUUGGGCGCAGUACACGAUGGGUGCUGGGGCUGGAGUGAAGGAGAAGGAAACAAGGAGGGGCAGGAGGGAAGACGUCAUGUACAUCCUCCCCGGGGCCGUGGUCGAGACGAGGAAGAUGGUGGGCGCGGCGGCGGGUGCGAAGGCGUAG